AGUGAGGCGUUUAUUGACAAUAUUGGUGACUGGGCCAGCUGAGUGGGGACUGGACGUUUUUCGAUUUUGUCUGUAACCCCAGAUGUCGAUUAUCAAAGCGAAAGCUGAGCGUGAAAGAGUCUUAUGAAUGAAGGGAGUCAGGAGUUCACGGGAUGUUGUCUCUGAGCUGAGCAAGCGUUCACAGCUUCAGAUUCAUCAUGUCGUUUUUCAGGCGGAAAGCUAAAGGAAAGGAGCCUGAGAGAACAGCAGAUGUCAAAGCCAGCAAAGCCCCAGUGUCCCCCCAGUCCCCUUCCCUCAGCGGCCGUAAUCAUCAUGCUAUCCUGGAAGCGGCAGGGCCCAGCCAUGUGGCCAUUAAUGCUAUCUCAGCCAACAUGGACUCCUUUGCCCGUGGCCGCACUGCCAUCCUUAAAAAACAGCCCAGCCACAUGGAGGCGGCACACUUUGGAGACCUAGGUCGCUCCAGUGUCAACUACCAGGUUCAAGAGACCCGCUCUCGGCUUUCAAAAACUGUAGACCAGAUCUUGCGGGACAAUGUGGCCAUGCCCUAUUUCAUACAGUUCAUGGAGACCCGCUCGGCUGAGCACCUGGUCCGCUUCUGGCUUGAGGCUGAGAGCUUUCGUUCUACCAGCUGGUCUCGUGUCAGAGCGCAUAGCCUGAACUCAGUUAAGCAAAGCACCUUGGCUGAGCCUGCCUCUGCUCUGGGCUCUCCCGAAUCCCCGGACUCCCCCUAUGACCCCAGCAGACCCUCUGCCCUGUAUGAGGGAGAUGGCGAGGACCCUUUCUCUUCCCAGAACCCUUCCAGACCUCACACCCCCAGCCCUCAGGACUCUAACUCCCAUACCAGUGCUCUGAUUGUCCACCGGAAUUCUGUUAGCUCAGAGGGGGCGACUAGACCCGGAACCCCCCAGCUGCAGCCCACUUCAAGAUCAGAAACUCCCACCAGACAGCCCUCCUCCAGGACAGGCACUCCAUAUAAAGGCCAGUCAACUGGUGGCCUUUUUGAGCUCUCUGAUAAGCUUAUGAAGAGUAUAGAGAGGGAUGCGGUUAACAUUUUCACAAAGUACAUAUCUCCAGAUGCUGCUAGACCUAUUCCCAUCACCGAACAGAUCCGCAAUGACAUUGUUGCAAAAAUCUGUGGGGAGGACGGACAGGUGGACCCAAACUGCUUUGUCAUUGCACAAUCUGUUGUGUUCUCCAUCAUUGAACAACAGCACUUUAUUGAGUUCUUGCGGAGCCAUUACUUCUGUAAGUACCAGAUCGAGGUGCUGACCAGUGGCUCUGUGUUCCUGGCAGACAUCCUGUUCUGUGAGUCGGCACUUUUCUACUUCUCUGAGUUCAUGGAGAAGGAGGACGCAAUGAAUGUGCUGCAGUUCUGGCUGGCUGCAGAAAACUUUCAAGAUCAGUUGGCUGCCAAGAAAGGCCAGUAUGAUGGACAGGAGGCCCAGAAUGAUGCCAUGAUCCUCUAUGACAAGUAUUUUUCACUCCAAGCCACAAAUCCGUUGGGUUUUGGCGAUUCUGUACGAAUGGAGAUUGAAUCCAAUAUCUGUCGAGAGGGUGGACCUCUCCCAGAUUGCUUCAACACUCCACUAAGACAGGCCUGGACCACCAUGGAGAAGGUCUAUAUGCCAGGCUUUCUGUCCAGCAAUCUUUACUACAAGUAUUUGAGUGACCUUAUCAACUCUGUAAGAGUGGAUGAGUUUGUUGGAGUAAAUGCCAACACUUCGAGCCAGGUCUGGACAUCAGAAAGUGACCGCAACUCAAGCGCCUCAGAAGGGUCUCAAGCUCAGCAAGGUACUAAAAAGGUGGCAGUUAAGAUCCUGAAGAACUUUGACGAGGCAAUAACUGUCGACAUUGCCAGUCUGGACCCAGAAUCCCUCUAUCAGAGACCAUACGCUGGAAGAAUGACCUUUGGGAAGGUGAAUGAGCUGGGCCAGUUCAUCAGAGAGGCAGAGCCAGAACCAGAUGUGAAGAAGUCCAAGGGUUCCAUGUUUUCUCAAGCAAUGAAAAAAUGGGUGCAAGGAAACUCCGAUGAGGCUCAAGAGGAAAUGGCAUGGAAGAUUGCAAAAAUGAUCAUCAACGAUGUCAUGCUACAGGGACAACAUGGAAGUCCUGAAGUGAAGUCAACAAAACUAUGACCUUCUCCUUCAGUAUGGAACCUGAUCCAACCCUCCCUGCUGAGGACAAACCACAGCAAACAACCUGAAGAUCAACACUGCUUUAACAAAUCAGUGAGGACAGAAAAAAAGCAUUCCAUGACUACCUGCAUGUGUGUGUUUUUGUGUGUGUAAGAGCGUGAAUGUUUUGAGUAUGCACUAGUAGCCAAAAAGUUAUCAUUUUGAUUAACCCCUUCAUUUCUAGAGCUCCAAAGGAUUUAAUGUUUGAUUUGAAGAGGAGCAGAAUGAGUGAACAACAGAUGUAAACACACAAGUGAGCACUGUUGCACAAUAGUGAAUGAACUCUCAGAACAAGGCUGAAUGAGUACUGACACAAAACUUACCUGCGUUGCCAUUGUGUUCUGCUUUUGCAAUGUCGACAAGAAGGAAGCGUGCUGAAACCUAUAACUGGUCUGAAGUAGUGGCCAAGACCAGGUUUACCCGUUUUAUUCCUCCAAUUUGUUCAUUUCUUUCAUUUUCUCCUUAACUCUCAAUUUUUUUAAAGAAUGGCUAUGAAGUGAUAAGGUCUUUUUUUUUUUUUUUUUUUAAGUCUAGAAAAACAAAAAUGCAUAUUUUAAGUCAAGAAAAACAACAGUGCAGAUUUACCCAAGGUGACACUUUUUUUUUAUCAGUAAACCUGCACCGUUCUGUCCCUCUUCAAUGGAGCGAAAAUGACUGAUGUUACAGUUGAAACUGGAAUGGGAACUAAUGAACUCUAUCAGCCCGGCAAACGCUCCGUUGACUGUCCCCUGUGCUGUUGCAGAACUCCCUCUAGAACCCUGUCCAGAUCUGAUUCUAGAUCAGUGCAGACUUUAGGAUACUCCACAGAAACUGAACUGCUAGGGCAGUGUUUAUCCCCAUUCUAUAUAAAUGUGGAUUCCUGGUUUACCGCCAUAUAUUAAUGUUAGUUCUUUUUAUGGUGAUUGUCUUUAUUCUUUUUUUUGUAUGAUGUCAAAACUCUAAGCAAAUCUCAGUGAUGACUGUUCCUUUUCAAACAUGUACUCAUCGGACAUGUUAAUGUUAAUGCUAUAGACCUCAUUGAGAUUUGGACGAGAAAGACUUUGGUACUAUGUACCACUAAUAUGUUUUCUGAUAUACAGUAUGUGUACUUGAUCUAUAAUAUAUUUAAAUGUGUUUGAUUUAAAUACAUAUAUUGUUGA